AUGGCAGCUGAAAGUGGCGCAGAACUACCAGCUGAAACAAGAAAGCGAAGUCGAAAUACCAAACGUUCCAGUCUCGCCUGUACCGCUUGCAAACGCUCGAAGCGCAGGUGCGAUAUCGAGCAGCAAUUCCUCGAAUCCGAUGCCUGCACGAACUGCCAGGGGCGAGGGGAGCCUUGCGAAGUGCGUUUUGGCGAAGACAAAAGACGCCGACGAGCCGCCCCUGGCAAUGGAGAUAUCAUCAGUCGUGUCGAUGUCCUAGAAAAGCUCUUUGCUAUGCAAGCUGGAGCUGUUACGCAAUGUCGACAAUCUCCAGAGAAGCCUAUCAGUCCGGUCUCAAGCGGACAAUCAGGGCUUCAGACCCUUCCGCCUCUAUCUAUUCUACGCAAUCAUGGCAUCCAGAGUGAUGAUACUCGUGCGGAAUCGUUGAAAUUGCGAUCUGCAGAAGACUUGCCUACUGGGAGAAGUGUUGAAUCUUGUGCAAAUAAGGCCUAUUCGCCGCCACAGUCCAGAGGUGAACAUUUCCCCAUGGAGGCACAGCUGCAGACAAUGAACCCUUUUCUGCAGUCCAAAGGACAUCCAGAUACCUCUCCAAGUGCGGCUGCACCAACCCCCAGCGGAAGUAGCAACUUGGACACGUCAAGCACAUUAAUGGGGAGAGUAAUUGCAAGGGAGAGUGAGUUAGACGGUCAAGAAAACCAAGGUUCGGAGUUCUUCGGAUCAACGAGCAUAUAUCACCUGUCCAGUGCUUCCCAAACAAGCUGCAUUUCUGGUGGCUUGCCUCUGGCAGUCGGGGAAGAGAAAAGGUCCUGGGCUUUUGAGGAUGAACCAGAAUUGGACCCGAGCAAUGAACCGGAGCUGAUUGUCUCUCACCUCCUUGAUCUUUUCUGGAACUGGCAAGCAAUCCAUCUUCAAGUCUUCCAUCGAGAAUUGUUUCUUGCCGAAAAGAAGUUGUUUGACACGGAAAGACCUCGGAGAAGAUAUGUCUUCUUCAGCCCUUCGCUCCUUUAUGCUAUCAUGGCACUAGGAGCAAUGAUGAGUCCAGACAGAGGUGUCAAGUACCAGAGUACCAAGGUCGGCGGAGUAGCUGGAGACAUUUACUUUGAGAAGGCUCGGAAGCUGUUCGAUCAGGAGAUGGCGGAGCCAACCAUCACAACCGUGCAAACGGCGCUCGCAUUAGGGUCCCGAUACGGCUCAAAGGGACACAGCGCGCUUGGGUGGAUAUACAGCGGCAAAUCACAUCUAAUGUGGAUAUUAGGCAUCGCCAUCCGAAUGGCUAUCCAAAUUGGCCUCCACAUCGACUGCCAAAAGAAUGUUGCUUGCAAACAGAUGUCCCCUGAAAUUGCAGAAGUGCGGAAGUUGGUCUUCUGGGGCUGCUAUAUUCAAGACAAGCUUUGGAGUGCAUACACCGGCCGCCCAUCAUUCAUCAUGGACUGGAACAUUACCGUCGCACUACCUGAGGAAGAUUCGCGGCUUCGUGGUGCCGGCCCUCAUUCACAAGACGUUCAGGAGGCGGUGCACCGCCAGAUCCUUCUCCUUACCAGAAAAUGUUCCGCCAUCCUCACCGAGCUCUAUUCACGCAAAAACGAGUGCGAUCCCGAAAAUCUACGAAAAGCUGCCAGUGAAAUCCACUUGGACUUGCUCACAUGGCACAAGGAUUUGCCGGAAACAUUGAAGUGGCCAAACGACGACGGAACACCGACCUCGCCUCAUGUCCUCGUCAUGUACAUGCAGUUCUACUUCACCAUGUUGCUCUUACAUCGGCCAUUCAUUGAUCUAGACGAAGUCGUUGCCACCAUUCCUCAUCUCUCCGAGGGACAGCCGAGUGCAACAACAAUAUGCACUCUUGCGGCCACCAAUAUCGCGAAACUCGCCCGAGAUUACUCGUUGUUCUACUCAUUAAGCCAGAUCGCUAGCCCGGCAAUCCACUUCAUCUUUAUUGCAGCCACGAUACACAUGAUCAAUCAUAAAAUCUCACCGGGAAACAACCACGACUAUCUCUUUCAAGGCUGUCUGGCCAGCUUGUUGGAAAUCGGCAGCGCUUACCCCAUGAGUCACAAAGCGGCUGCUGUCUUACAAGAGCUCGCAGGUCGACUGCAGCCCCACGGUCCAGUCGCUGAGGGACUUGAUAGAUCAACGAAUAAUGACACGUCGUCGGAACCUCCUGUACAGGGCUCUGGUAAGGGGAUUACACGACCUCUUGAUCCUACAACGGCACCAGCAGGGAGGACGACGGACAGUGGCCUCUAUGAUACCUCCCCGCCUCUUAUAAAUCCAUCAUCAUCGGGCCUGGACAUGUCUUUUGCGACGGCCGGCGAGCCCCGAAACUUUGACUGGUCAACCUACAACUCCCCGAUCACGCUGCCUACGAAUCUGAGUAUUUUUGACGUUGAGGCCUUUGACUACUCCGGAGGCGCCACUACCACGUUUCCAUCGCAGUUUGGAUAUGCAUCUGACCCAACCAACAUCAUGGGCGGAAAUGGCGCAUCGAUAACUAGGCCUCCAUUUACGACCGUCUUUCCCGCUACCAACAACCACGACACUUUGCCCAGUGCAACCUUCUUUGAUAAUUUUUACGGCACAUCGUUUGGGUUGAACUACUAG